AUGGCUAGCUUCCAGGAGAAAGGAUCAAGCAACGGAUCGCAAGAAAAGGUCCUUGCUCGUGUUGAUGCUGCUUAUGUCUUAGACGAGCGACGCCGAGCUGCUUUGGCUGAAGUUGACAAUGCCAAGUUUUCUUGGUUCCAUGCCAAAGUCUGUCUCGUCGCCGGUGUUGGUUUCUUCACCGAUGCCUACGAUAUCUUCGCAAUUAACAUCGCCUCCGUGAUGCUGGGAUACGUUUAUGGACCAGAUCACAAAGGUCUCAACAAGCAACAGGAUCUCGGUGUCAAAGUAGCCACUCCUGUCGGCACCUUGGUUGGUCAAAUUCUCUUCGGUUGGUUGGCAGAUCUGGUCGGACGAAAGAGAAUGUACGGUGUAGAACUACUUAUCAUCAUUGUCGCGACUUUCGCCCAAGCUCUGUCCGGAAAUGCCGCCGCCGUCCACAUCGUCGGCGUUUUGAUCGUCUGGCGCUUCAUCAUGGGUAUUGGCAUUGGAGGCGAUUAUCCUCUUAGCGCCGUUAUCUCCUCUGAAUUCGCGUCCACGAAGAUUCGUGGUCGCAUGAUGACCGCUGUGUUCGCUUCGCAAGGCUGGGGCAACUUCACUGCUGCCUUGGUUGCCUUUAUUAUUACCGCCGCCUACAAGAGUGCCAUCCUUUCCACGCCGUCCGUCGAAGAGCUCGACGCUGUCGAUUACAUGUGGCGUCUCCUCAUCGGUCUCGGAUGUGUGCCCGGCGUAGUCGCCCUCUACUUCCGUCUGACUAUUCCCGAAACCCCCCGUUUUACCAUGGAUAUCGAACGCAACAUCGACCAAGCGUCCGCUGACAUCAAGAACGUCCUCACCAACCGCAGGAGUAAUCUCGACGAGGAUGCACCUGUUCAGCGCAUUGAAGCCCCCAAGGCGAGCUGGAACGACUUCACCACCUACUUCGGACAGUGGAAGAACUUCAAGAUUAUCUUCGGAACCUCGUAUUCGUGGUUUGCUCUCGACAUUGCCUUCUAUGGCCUUGGCCUCAACUCCGCUAUCAUCUUGCAAGCCACUGGUUUCGGAAAGCCCUCUACGACCGGCGUCAGGGGGGUCUACGACAAUUUGAACAAUAUUUCCGUCGGCAACCUUAUUCUGUCAGCUGCUGGCCUGAUUCCCGGAUACUGGGUCUCUUUCCUGUUCAUCGAUUCCUGGGGUCGCAAGCCCAUCCAACUCAUGGGUUUCAUCGUCCUGACUAUCCUCUUCGUUAUCCUUGGCUUCGGUUACGACAAGCUCGUCGCCACCGCCGCAUCCACCAAGGCGUUUGUGUUCCUUUACUGCCUCGCCAACUUCUUCCAGAACUUUGGUCCUAACGUCACGACCUUCGUCAUUCCUGGAGAAAUCUUCCCUACCCGCUACCGUUCGACUGCCCACGGCAUCUCUGCUGCCAGUGGAAAACUCGGAGCCAUCGUCGCACAAGUCGGCUUCAGCCAGCUGAAGGAUAUUGGUGGCCCGAACAAAUUUGUGAAGCACAUUCUCGAGAUCUUUGCUUUCUUCAUGUUGACCGGCAUCUUCUCUACUCUCCUGCUACCUGAGACAAAAGGAAAGUCUCUCGAAGACCUCUCUAACGAAGAUCAAGAGGGCUUCGUCAGAGGUCCAGCUGGUGGAAUUAUCACAAACCCCGCUGCUAUCGCUAGUUAG